AUGGCAAAACACACUUCUGACAAUAAUUCACAGUGGGAAGAAUAUUCAAGUUCUCCAACUAGGAAUAGAAUAAAAAUAACAAGUCUGAUUAAUCAAGAUAAUACAACUACAUACACAACUUCAAGUUAUAAGGAAGAUCAACAAAAUGAAUCUGUAAUUGGUGUUGAAAAUGUUAAAGUUAUAUUUUUAUCAACAGCUAACUUGAUAAAUUCUUCUUCGAUUGUUGUUCCAAAUUCGAUUGAUGACAAAAUUAAAUUUAUUUCAAUCGAUAAAUUUAUACCUGAACCAAACGCAAUUGAGAAAUGUUCAUUAAAUGGUAGUUACUGCGUCAAAGUUGAUAACUAUCCAAGAGAAGAUUUAUUAAAUCUUCUUAGAACCAGCAAGUUUAUGUCAACUAAUUAUUAUGAUACAGAUGAUAUAAAUGAAGUGAAUGAUUUCGAAACAAGAAUGUCAGAUAGUCAACUUUCAUCAUUCUGUCAAUCAAGAGUAAAAACAAUAUUUCCAGAAGUCGGUAUUACAAUAAAAAACGAAUGGCGUUAUAUUAUACAAGAUCCAUCAAAUGACAAAGAUAGUUUUAAACAAGGAAUUCGAGUGGAGAAAUGUAUUGAUGUUGAAAUCCCAUGUAUGUUUGCUGACACUUUACCAUUCGGAUACAUUUCAACAUGUAUACAAAAAUAUAUCUACAAAAGAUUGAUGACGAUUAAAGGUACACAAGAAUUUUAUUAUGAUAGCUUUAAAUUACCAUCUUGUUGUAAGUGCAUGUAUGGUAUAAACCCCGAGCUGUUAACUUGAAAGGGUGGAGAUUAAGAAGAUCAAAGAAUUCUU